GUGACUGAGUGGUUCAAAGCCACUCUAUCCUUCAACAGAUGAGAAGCAACCAGUUCCUACAACUUCAGUUGCCUGCACUAGGGGAAAAGAAUGGUGUUUAUGGCAGAAAUCUUAAAACAUAUCGAAAUCAUCCCACAAAAAUAAUCACCCAGCCUGGAAUCGUAAUGAAAGUGUUGCGGAGAAAAAGAAUCAUACCGUUUAUAGCGUAUUUUCUGCUGUUAGUUCUUACCAUGUUGAACUUGGCUAACUACAGGUGGACUAAAGAACCUCAACAGUGUAAUCUCCAGAUGAGAAGCACGCCAUAUCAGGACAGGUCAGACAUUCGAUUCCUUUACAGACCAUCUCUUGCUAAAAAGAGACAGCUCGUCUAUGUUUUGACCACGUGGAGGUCUGGCUCAUCCUUUUUCGGAGAGCUAUUUAAUCAACACCCAGAGGUUUUCUUUCUUUAUGAACCGAUGUGGCACAUCUGGCAAAAGCUGUACCCGGGUGAUGCUGUGUCCUUACAGGGAGCAGCAAGGGACAUGCUAAGCUCACUCUACCGUUGUGAUCUUUCAGUUUUUCAGCUGUACAACAGCCCUGGGGGCAAAAACUUCACCUCCCUUGGACUUUUUGGGGCCACACUUAAUAAAGUCAUCUGCUCAUAUCCUCUUUGCUCCGCUUAUAGGAAAGAAGUCGUUGGGAUGGUGGAUGACAAAGUGUGCAAAAAAUGUCCUCAACAAAGCCUCAGGCUCUUAGAGGAAGAAUGCCUUAAGUACAACACUAUAGUCAUAAAAGGGGUCCGGGUUCUGGACGUCAAUGUUUUGGCACCUCUUAUGGAGGAUCCGUCUCUGGAUCUCAAGGUGAUUCACCUUGUGCGAGAUCCCAGAGCCGUGGCCAACUCCAGGAUCAAAUCGAGGCACGGGUUGAUUCGUGAGAACUUGCAGGUGGUUCGAAGCAGGGAUCCCAAACUGCGUCGGAUACCCUUUGUGGAUCCUGGCCACAAAAUUAGCAAAAAGGACGGAGCAGAUUACCAUUCGGUUGGAGCUAUGGAGGUGAUAUGUGAUCGGACGUACAGGAGCCUGAGGACUGCCUUAAAUCCGCCCAGCUGGCUGAAAGGGAAAUACCUGGCGGUGCGCUAUGAGGAUCUGGUGGAAAACCCUAUCAAAAUGCUCCGGAAUGUUUAUCAAUUUGCUAAUCUCAGUGCCAACCUUGACAUCGAGUCUUUUGCUCUUAACAUGACGAAUGGCACAAGCUCUUCCUCAAAGCCAUUUAUUGUGUCUGCCAGGAACGCGACACAGGCGGCCAGUGCAUGGAGAACAGUGUUGAGUAUUCAACAGAUAAAACAAGUGGAAGAGUACUGCCAUCAUGCAAUGGCAAUCCUGGGUUAUGAACGUGUGAGAACAGCUGGAGAAGCAAAAGAUUUGAGUAAAUCUUUAUUGACUGCUUCCAAACUGUGACAGAGUAAUGUCCACC